GCCUGGUUGUUGGGAACAGCUCAAGGGGUCGCCAUGCUCUUUAUCCUCAUGGUUCUGCUUUGCUGUGGGCUGUGCCAUGGGGCAUUGACAGAGGAGAUUGAAAUAAUCAUGCCAACUCCUAAGCCUGAACUGUGGGCAGAGACGAACUUCCCUCUGGCCCCGUGGAAGAACUUAACCCUCUGGUGCAGAAGCCCUUCUGCCUCAACUAAGGAGUUUGUGUUACUGAAGGACGGGACGGGGUGGAUUGCAACUCGCCCGGCCUCAGAGCAGGUCCGGGCUGCCUUCCCCCUUGGUUCUCUGACCAACAGCCACACCGGGAGUUACCAUUGCCAUUCAUGGGAGGAGAUGGCUGUGUCGGAGCCUAGUGAAGCACUUGAACUAGUCGGGACAGACAUCCUUCCCAAACCUGUCAUUUCGGCUUCCCUUCCAAUCCGGGGCCGGGAACUGCAGAUCCGCUGUAAAGGAUGGUUGGAAGGUUUGGGGUUUGCUCUCUAUAAGAUGGGAAAGCAAGAACCUGUCCAGCAACUUGGUGCUGUUGGGAGAGAAGCCUUCUUUACAAUUCAAAGAAUGGAGGAUAAAGAGGAGGGCAAUUACAGCUGCCGUACACACACUGAAAUGCAGCCCUUCAAGUGGUCUGAGCCCAGUGAGCCCCUGGAGCUUGUCAUAAAAGAAACGUACCCUAAACCUUUCUUCAAGACAUGGACUAGCCCUGUGGUCACUCCUGGUUCCCGAGUGACUUUCAAUUGUUCCACCUCCCGUAAACACAUAAGCUUUAUUCUUUAUAAGGAUGGCAAUGAAAUUGCAUCCAGUGACCCAGCCUGGGGAAACCCAGGAGCUAGUACAGCCCACUUUCUGAUCAUUUCAGUGGGCAUUGGUGAUGGAGGAAACUAUAGCUGCCGUUAUUAUGACUUUUCCAUCUGGUCUGAGCCCAGUGACCCUGUGGAGCUCAUUGUGACAGAAUUCUACCCCAAACCCACACUCCUGGCACAGCCAGGCCCUGUGGUACUUCCUGGGAAGAAUGUGACCCUGCGCUGCCAAGGAAUUUUCCAGGGCAUGAGGUUUGCCCUCUUACAGGAGGGUACUCAUGCCCCCUUACAGUUCCAGAGUGCCUCGGGGACCUCAGUUGACUUUCUCCUCUACACUGUUGGAGCGGAGGACUUUGGGAAUUACAGCUGUGUCUACUAUGAGACAACCAUGUCAAACAGGGGCUCAUCCCUUAGUGCUCCCCUUAUGAUCUGGGUGACUGAUACAUUCCCCAGACCAUGGUUGUCUGCUGAGCCUAGUUCUGUGGUAACCAUGGGGCAGAAUGUUACUCUUUGGUGCCAAGGACCAGUCCGUGGAGUUGGGUACAUUUUGCACAAAGAAGGAGAAGCCACUUCGAUGCAGCUUUGGGGGUCCACUAGCCAUGAAGGAGCAUUCCCUAUCAUCAAUAUAUCUGGUGCUAGCAUAGGCCGUUAUAGCUGCUGUUACCACCCUGACUGGAUGAGCCCUAUCAAGAUACAGCCUAGCAACACUCUGGAACUCAUAGUCACUGGUUUACUCCCUAAGCCCAGCCUCUUAGUCCAGCCUGGGCCCAUGGUAGCCCCUGGAGAAAACAUGACUCUUCAAUGUCAAGGAGAACUGCCAGAUUCGACAUUUGUCCUGUUGAAGGAGGGGACACGGCAGCCCUUAGAACUACAGAGGCCAAGUGGGUACAGAGCUGACUUCUGGAUGCCAGUGGUGAGGGAUCAAGAUUCUGGUGUUUACAGCUGUGUUUAUUAUCUGGAUUCUGCUCCCCUUGCCGCUUCAAAUCACAGCAACUCUCUAGAGAUCUGGGUGACCGAUAAGCCCCCUAAACCAUCUCUGUCAGCCUGGCCCAGCACUGUGUUCAAACUAGGCAAGGACAUCACCCUUCAGUGCCGAGGACCCCUGCCAGGAGUUGAAUUUGUGUUAGAACAUGAUGGAGAAGAGGCCCCCCAACAGUUUUCGGAGGAUGGAGAUUUUGUCAUUGACAAUGUGGAAGGGAAAGGCAUUGGAAACUACAGUUGCAGCUACCGGCUGCAGGCCUACCCUGACAUCUGGUCAGAGCCAAGCGAUGCCCUGGAGCUGGUUGGAGCAGCAGGGCCUGUUGCUCAAGAGUGCACUGUGGGUAACAUUGUCCGAAGUACCCUGAUUGUGGUGGUGGUGGUAGCCUUGGGGAUAGUGCUAGCCAUAGAGUGGAAGAAAUGGCCUCGGCUUCGGACUAGGGGUUCUGAGACAGAUGGAAGAGAUCAGACCGUAGUCCUUGAAGAGUGUAACCAAGAAGCAGAACCAGGCACUACCACCAAUUCUCCUUCAUCUGCCUCCCAGGAAGUCUCAGUGGAACUGACAGUCCCGAUAUAAUUAUCCUCUCCUUUAUAAGAGCUCUCCUCUCUGUCUUUUACCUGCAGAGACCUGAAAAUCCCACUUGUUUAUCCUAGAAUUCAGCAGCAUUUACUGCUUCUUGACCUUUAACCACCUGACUUGGGUCAAGAGAAUUCUGGGAGUGGCAAGCUCUACCAGGUCAAGCUCUUUCCUUUACCCCUAUAACUCCUCACUGUACUGAUUUACUA